AUGCUUGAGUUAGCAUUUUCUGGGUCUUUAUUCUGUCUCAGAUUCAGAAAGAUGACUGCAGAUUUGACCGAUGAGAGUCUCUUUCCUAUUGCUAUUCUUAUUGAUGAGUUAAGAAAUGAGGAAAUGCAAACUCGUCUGGCUAGCAUCAGAAAACUUACUACUAUUGCUCUUGCACUUGGUCCAGAGAGGACAAGAACAGAAUUGGUUCCAUUCCUAACCGAUACCAUAUAUGAUGAGGAUGAGGUACUUAGGGAAAUGGCCAAACAAUUGGCAGACUUUGUUCCAUUGGUUGGAGGACCUGAAUAUGUCCAUUGUCUUCUACCACCAUUGGAAGGACUUGCAUCUGCUGAAGAAACGGUUGUGCGGGAUAAAGCUGUGGAGACGUUGCGAGCACUUGCACCUAGUUUCUCACCCAAGGAUUUGGAAACUCACUUUCUGCCACUGAUCAAGCGUUUGGCAACAGGUGACUGGUUUACUAGCCGUACUUCUGCUUGUGGACUGUUUAGCGUGAUUUAUCGACAGUCUUCUACUGCUGUCCGUGCAGAACUGCGUCGCGCCUUUAAGCAGCUUUGCACUGACGAUACUCCUAUGGUCAGGCGUGCAGCUGCUAACCGUCUCGGAGAACUAGCUCGUUGUUUGGAACUAGAUGCGUUACGUUCGGACCUGUUACCGCUAUUACCUCCUCUUUCCCAACAGGAUGAUCAGGACUCUGUACGAUUACUGGGUGUGAAUGCGUCAGUAGAUUUCGCUGAAGUUCUUCCUACUGAAGAUGUCUUGACACACAUCAUUCCUCUUAUAAGAGGAGCUGCAGAAGAUAAAUCUUGGCGAGUCCGUUAUCAAUUAGCUGAUCACAUUACUGAUCUACAGGCUGCAGUAAAACCCCAACUUGCUGGACAGCACUUGGUAGACGUUUACCAGAUCCUUCUCAAAGAUCCAGAAGGAGAAGUUCGCGCAGCGGCUGCAGGCAAACUGAAGAAGUUUGCUUCGUCUCUAGCCCCUGAUAUUCGUGAAUCCGUAAUUAUGAAAACAUUGUUACCUAUCAUUCGGGAAAUGGUCGGUGAAACUAAUUUACAGGUAAAAACGGCUCUGGCCGGUGUCAUGAUGGCUUUAGCUCCGCUGCUUGGCAAGGAGAAUACAUUAGAACAUCUUCUUCCAUUACUGUUGAUUCAAUUAAAGGACGAAAAUCCAGAUGUCCGUUUGAAUAUUAUAUCUAAUUUAGAGUGUGUAAAUCAAAUUAUGGGAAUUACCCAACUUAGUCAAAGUCUACUUCCUGCUAUUGUUGAAUUGGCCAGUGAUACAAAGUGGCGUGUUCGUCUAGCAAUAAUUGAGUAUAUGCCACUAUUAGCCAGUCAGCUUGGUUUGCAAUGUUUUAACGAGCGACUCACAAAUUUAUGCUUGGGUUGGCUAGUAGAUGAUGUAUACGCUGUACGUGAAGCAGCUGUAACAAAUUUACGAAAACUUAUGGAUCAAUUUGGAGUCGAUUGGGCCAGUUCUCAAAUCAUCCCUCGUCUCAUACAACUCUCUUACGAUCCCAACUAUCUUCGUCGAAUGAUUUGUUUGGCAUCCCUUCAUCAGCUAGGUGAAGCUCAGUCUUGUCGGUCGGAAUUACUGCAGAAACAUUUACUUCCUACUAUAGUUCAACUGGGUCAAGAUCCUGUGCCAAAUGUUCGUUUCAAAGUUGGUCAAAUUUUGGGCAAAAUUGGACAUCUUCUGGAUGCAUCGACUAUACAGACAUUUGUUAAACCAACGUUAGAAAAACUGGGCUCUGAUACAGAUCCAGAUGUUGUUUAUUAUGCCAAAGAAUCCAGCGAAUUACUUCAUCUUUCAGGAAGAUGAAAGCCGUGUCAAGAAACCACACGCGUUUUAUUCUGUGCACAGGAUAAUUAUGAUAUUUAAAUACAUGUAAAUUGACAGCAUAUCUGGUACCUUACUUCCAGAGUAGUGAUACCCUAUUAAUAAAGUAAAUGUGAGCUUGUGUGUUUGUGGUUCUUGUUCAAUUGUGUCUGUGUAUGUGCCUUAACGUAAACUAGUUGCAUAUGUUUGUAUUAGUUAUUAAAUUCUGUUCUCAUUAUUAUUUUGAAGAAAACGAUAAGGGAAGUGCAUGUCGUC